AUGUCGACCUCUACGCAGCACGAUGACGCUUCUCGGAAACGUAAGCGUGACGCAGCACAAGACUCUGAAAGCGAGGGCAUCGACGACACGACGAAGAGAAUCCGUGGCCUUACCCGUAUCUUGGAGGAACCGGACUCCAAUCGUAUCUCAGACGAAGCUAUUCUUUUCUAUGCUACCAGCGCGAUUGAGUUCAUGGACGAUUUCGAAUCCCUAGUGACUGAUAUCAUGAUGGACAUUUCCAUUUCCAAUCCUGAGGGCAUCCUCAUCGACAUUGGAAUGGACGGCUUCGGUCGCCUUUUCAUUAAGAGGGGGAAAGAAUCCGAUCGCACCUAUCACGAGUACUUCCACAGCAUUGCUGCUAGCAUCCGCCCUAGAUGGGCUGUGCUGAAAGCCAUUAAGGAGCUUCUUGGUCAAGUUCACAAAUUGCCUGGAAUCAGUCCAUGCAUCAGCAUUGAUGUGGAUUUCCAGAAGUUUUUUGAGCUCUGCGGUGAAGCUGAGGAAAAGCUUGGGCAGAAGAUCUCAGACACUGAGCGGAUGAUUGAGUUCUACCAGGAGCUACGCAUCAGGGAUGCGUGGACGGCGGACGCACUGAAGAGUACUUCAGUCCUUGAGCUACUUCAGCUAAGGCCCGAUGAUGUGAAAGCACUGGAGGAGUUAACCAUUGCUCAAGAGAUCGCUGAUUUUCUCAAAAAGAAACUAGAGCCUUUUAAAGAGCUUCAUGGCCUGAUCCGUAAUCUUGAAGCGGAGCUCAGUGGGUGUUGA